GUCUCGUCUUUUGGCAGUGUUGCAUACAUGGCAGAAACGCCAGUCAGAUUCGCCAUUCUGGGCUGCGCAGACAUAGCGCAGAAGCUAUCGAGAGCAAUAAAUCUCUCUCCCAACUCGACCCUUUACGCCGUCGGCAGCCGUUCCUUCGACAAAGCCAAGAAAUUCGCUGCAGAGAAUGGUUUCCCUCCGUCGGCGAAGAUCUACGGCAGUUACGAAGCAGUCCUCGAUGAUCCAGACGUUGACGCCGUUUAUAUACCCCUUCCCACGAGCCUCCAUGUUCGGUGGGCGUUGCUGGCGGCAGAGAAGAAGAAGCACCUGCUGCUGGAGAAGCCCGUGGCCUUGAACGUGGCUGAGUUCGAUCAGAUCAUCGAGGCCUGCGAGGUCAAUGGCUUGCAGUUCAUGGACGGAACCAUGUGGAUGCACCACCCUAGGACUGCAAUGAUGAAGGAGAUCCUCUCCGAUACGCAGCGCUUUGGUCACCUCAAAACGGUUCACAGCUUCGUUUCUUGGGCUGGUGAUGAUGAUUUUCUCAAGAAUAACAUCCGGGUAAAGCAAGAUCUUGAUGGGCUUGGGGCUCUGGGUGAUGCUGGGUGGUACUGCAUCAGGUCAAUAUUAUGGGCUUGUGACUUUGAACUGCCCAACACAGUGAUUGCCCUUCGUGGGCCUGUUCUCAGUGAAGCAGGAGUGAUCUUGGCUUGUGGAUCUUCUUUACAAUGGGAGGAUGGGAAGACAGCAACUUUCCAUUGCUCAUUCCUUUCCAAUGUGGCCAUGGAUAUAAUUGCAUUUGGAACAAAAGGAAGUCUAUAUGUUCAUGAUUUUGUUAUCCCUUACUUAGAGAAAUCUGCUUCAUUUUCAGCAGCUUCUACGAAUGGAUACACGGAGAUCGUUACAGGUCGGUUCGCAUUGCCUUUUGAGCAUGUGGUCACAACAGAUCUCCCUCAGGAGGUAUGCAUGGUGAGGGAGUUCUCAAGCUUGGUGAAAAGUAUAAAAGAGUGUGGUUCGAAACCGGAGAGUGAGUGGCCAAGCAUUAGUAGGAAGACACAACUGGUUCUGGAUGCAGUCAAAGUUUCCAUUGAGAGAGGUUUCGAGCCCGUCCAGGUUGGGGCUUAAGCUCUGGAGAUUGUU